AUGCCUGUUGUAGCUCACGCCGAAAAAGGACUAACAUUCAAUGUGUUUGCUGGGAAUACAUCCUGGGUUGAAUGUGAUUACUACGCCUUGAGGUCUGGUAGAGUAGCAUGGAUCAAAGGCAAUCUAGUAAGAUACUAUGAUCUUGUGGAUAAAAAAAUGAUUCUGGAAAUAGAAAUGGAGAAACCUAGAGAGAUUGAGAUGUCCGAAGACGGCAGGAGUGUGGGGAUACUUAGUGGAAAAGGAGAGAUGGUUGUACUCGGGGAAGAUGGAAUUAAACUAAAGGCAGAGAAUGUGUCUAGGUUUAGAAUCUCCAACUCUUUGAUUGGAUAUGUUUCAAGUUCGUCAUUUUACAUUCAUCAGAUUGAGGAAGACAAGAUAGAAAAAAGUCCAUUCCACGCUUCUAAGGUUUCUGUAUUAGAAUUCUUUAUCUCUGGAGAAUUUGUUUUUCUUGCAACAAGAAAGUUUGAAAAGGAUGGAAUGCACAAGCUCCUUCGGAUAGGUAGAAGCUCGGUAGACGUCCUUCAUAGCCUAAAAGAGCUGCAAGGCUUUUCUUUGAAGACACAUAAAUCUGGAAGAUAUGCAUUGCUUCUUUUGAUGACAUCUUAUGUGAACAAUAGCUACUUCCCAGAGUCUGAUGUGUAUUUCCAUGACAUUAAUAGGCGGUCCUUCAAAAGCCUUGGGUACUCACCUGUUCAUUCAUACGCCUUUCUCUCUAGCGGAUUUGCAAUAUGCCAUGGGUCACAGCCCAGCAGUGUUUCGGUCCACGGACUGGACGGUAAGCUUGAAUACAAUUUUCCAAAAGGCAUUAGAAAUAGGAUAUUCUUCAACCAGCACGAGAACAUUGCAGUGUUUGCAGGGUUUGAUAAUCUCUCCGGAGACAUAGAGGUGUUUCAUGUUCCUUCAAGAAAACUUACGGCAAAAUUGAAUGUACUUGGGGCAUCUCUAGUUGAUUGGAAAGAGAACGGAUCGUAUUUCUAUGUCUCAACAACAAGCUACUUCCAAGAAGAUAAUAAAAUAACACUCUAUGAUUACUAUGGAAGAAAGAUAGCUGAGAGAAAGUUUGAGUCUUUGUUUUCUGCCAGUGUUUAUGGGAAAACAGAAGAGUUCAUUGAGCUAGAGAGGCCCGAGAGGUUGAACAUAGAGACUCAAAAAAAGUACGUCCCCCCUUCAAUCCAUAGCUUUAUACCGAAAACAACAUUUAAGAGCAGCACGCCUAAGAAGAAGGGGCUGGCAGGACAAAAGCCAAACGAAAGAACUAAAGACGAACUUUUGAAUGAUCUCAAAGAGAUUGAAAGCCUGAAGAAUAGGAUGAAAAGUGGGGAAGAGUUAUCUGUAAAAGAGCUGAACUUGAUUUUGAAGGAAUCGAAGCUAAAAAGUGAACUUAAGAGUUUUGGAGAGUAG